CGGGCGCUCGGUCUUUCCUCCCGCUAGAGCGCGGGCGCCCCCGGGAGGCUGGCAGGCGCCGCCUGGGACCCCGGCCCAACUCCCCGGGCCUCUCGGGACGCGCGACGGUUCGGUUCGAAGUGAGGUUCCUGAAGGCUUCAAGGAAAAGCCAAUUUAGGGAAGGCUCCAUGGCCCUAGGUGAAGAUGUGGCCGAGGCAGACGCAUCUGUCAACACGAAGGUCCCAUCCUGUGGCAGGUGGAACUCCGGGGAACAGGAGCUGCUGCCCCCAGGACUUGAGCCACAGCAGCCCCUGCAUCUGGAAGUCAAGGGAGGGCCGCCGUGGAGGGCUGAGGCUGAUACCUGCUGCGUCUCUGGAGUUUUCUGGUCACAGGCCCACACUGCCAGCGGAGAACCGGUGGCACAUAGGUCUGAGCCUGCCCUCAGUGGCCCACUUCCUUCUGCCAGCAUGGAGACUGGAGACUUUCAUCUCUCCGGAGGAAGCCACAUGGAGGAAAACAAGCUUCCUGCCUCCCAGGACCUACUUCAGAGGGUUAAAGUCCUUGGAACUAUAACUGUUUGCUCAGGGCAUGAUGCGGACCGAGAAGACGACCUGUCCCCAGUUGAUUCACCUCAGGUGCUGGGCCUCAGCCAGCAGCUUCACAUCUCACAGGGGAAGUCCAUGGAGAGCCCAGGUGCUCCUCAGCUCUCUGGCAGAAGCAUCUCUGCCUCCUCAAUGGGCACCAGCCUCCAGGAUCACCAAGAGAAGGCAGAGCCUCAAAGUAGCGCCUUUGCCAAGGUCUCCUCUCAGGAGUUGAUUGUACCUCAAGGAGCCCCCUCUGUGGUGGGGACAGGGCCUCAGCCCCUGUGGUCACCACAGCCUGUGCCUCCUGGGGGUGAUGCUACUGGCCUGGGUAAGAGACAACUCUCCUUUCAGACAGAGUACUGGGCCUGUGUGCUGCCAAAUUCUCUGCCUCCCUCUCCUAACCGCCACUCCCCACUCUGGAACCCAAAUAAAGAGUAUGAAGAUCUCCUUGACUACACUUACCCACUGAGGCCUGGGCCUCAGCUCCCAAAGCAACUGGAGCGUCAUGUGCUGGCUGACCCUGUCAUGCAGGACUCGGGUGUAGAUCUGGACAGUUUUUCUGUCUCCCCAGCGAGCACUCUCAAGUCUCCCACUAAUGUCUCCCACAACUGCUUAUCAGCAGAAGGACCUGCUCUGCCCUUUUCUGGAGCCAAGGACCCAUGCCUUAAGCGUUGGCCUUUGGGAGUAUCCCAGAAACAGGACAGCAUAAGCCUGGCAUCUUGGAACCAGCAUGCAUCAACCCCUAGAGCCUCAGGCACUGAGAAUGCUUCCUGGGAGAAGAGAGAGGCAGCCCGGAGGGACACAAAGGACUCUCCACCUACAGGCAAGAAACUCAGUGUGGGCUCUCCCCAGCUGAGGAAAAAGGAGAGGGGGUUACCCUUUCCCAGACUACAAAGGGAGAAGAGAGCCUGCCAGAAUGUUGGGCAUCCCUCCCGUGUGAAGCCUGGGUGGACAUCAGAAGAAGAGAUGGGAAGUGAUGAUGAGUACCUUGCCCUGCCCACCAGGCUGACUCCGGUGUCUAGUUUGGUGUCCAGCUUAGGUGCCAUUCCCACCUUCGUGAGCCUCCCCACUGGGGCUGCUGAGGAGCACAGUUCACUGGAAGUCUCAGACAGUGAUGGGCCAGUGUCCCCCACAUUGGACUCCAGCCAAAGGCAGCAUCCUUGUGGUGCUGCCUUCCAAGGGCCUGUGGUCCAGAACCCCUGCUUCGUGAACUCUGUCCAUCCUGAGGACUCCACAGGCAAACGUCGCAUGAUGAGCAGCCAGGCCCUCGGGGUCUCUUCUGGACUGCUGAAAACGCAACCCUCCUUGCUAGCUGCAUCAGACAGGUGGCUGUUCUCAGGGCCAGUCGCUGGAGAGAAGCUUCCCCGGAACACAGGGCAGGAGAAAGCAUCACUGGUGCAAUGUGUGCAGACAUUUUGCUGUCAGCUGGAAGAGCUGAUCUGCUGGUUGUAUAGUGUCACAGAAGUUGCUGACCUCAAUCCUCCACCCAGGGCCACUCUUACGGGUCUCAAGGCUUCUCUGCAGCUUUACCGGCAAUUUAAGAAAGAUAUAGACAAACAUCAGUCCCUGACAGAAAGUGUCCUGGAGAAGGGAGAGACUCUUCUUCAGUGCCUGACGGAUAACACCCCAGUUUUAAAGGAUGUCCUCGGGAGGAUCGCAAAGCAGUCUGGUGAGCUGGAGAGCCAGGCGGAUCACCUUUAUGACUCAAUCUUAGCCUCUUUGGACAUGCUGGCUGGCUGCACCCUCAUCCCUGACAACAGACCAACAGCAGCUAAAGAACACCCGCGUGAAGGACUUUAACUCGCCUGCCUGUAACCCUGGCUGCCUUCUCUUUCAGGCAUAUCCCGGGCGGAGAUGGAGUCAUCAGCCAAGUGGGCUCUUGGGAAGAAAACUCAAAAACUCGGAAGAGCCGUUCAACCGUGAAGGCAGGGGAGAGACUCAACUUUAACGUACUUGCUUUAAGAUGCCUUUUCCAUCUCUGAAGGUUCUUGAGUUACUGUUCUCAUUACAGUGAAUCCCUCCAAACUAAGGCUUUUCCUUUUGGUGCUUCUCUACCAAAAAUACAUGGCUUUACGGUGUUGAUAAAAUACUAGGAUUUGCGGGUCUCAUGUACCCCCUUCUGUUCAAAAAUCAGCAGUUAAAACAUGUUGAGGUUCCAAGUACUUGGAAUGGAUUCUCAGGUGUACAAGGGGAUGUUGGGUCUAAGAGUGAGGAAGUGGGUGAUCAAACCUUGGAUCUUCAUCAAGUGCAGACUGGAAUUUUGUACAUUCUGAAGAUUCUCAGCUAGCAGACAUGUUAGCCUUUAAUCUGCCACAGAGACACUCAAGUCAGUAGACCCUCUACAGAGCCCUUUGGACAACAUGACAGCAGGGGCCAUCUUUAGUGGUUAGGCUCUACCUUCUUCCUUAACUAUUGUACGAAAAUGCAUCAGAGAGCUGGAGGCUGGUGUCAUGCUUCUGGAAGGGAACGAAGCAAAUGGUCAAGCUUUUGCUUACCUCUGGGGCACUCGGUCGGUCCUCUGCUCCACUUUCCCCUGGAAGACUAGACAGAGGAAAGGGAUGGCUACAGCCACUGUCUGUCCUUCCAGACAUUAGAGCAGCCUGUGCUGAUGAGAAAAGAGGAAGUCUUUGUUUCUUGGGAGUCAACCGGUAGUCUAGCCUUGUCGGGGGAAAAAAAAUCCAUGGAUCAGUAGUUCAAAGCAUCAGUUGCAACUUUUGAAGCAGAGUGAUUAUAUUGCUGGUUACCACAAAUUCCACAAAGUAUCAAAGAUGGGUUUUUCAGCUUAAAAACAAAAACAAAAAGAUUUUAAAAGAUUAGCUCCUUAGACAGAUAUGGUGGUGCAGACUUCAAUCCUAGCCCUUGGAAGGAUCUUUUGAGGCCAGCCCGGUCUGUAUUAGAGUUUCAGGCUGGCCAGGGCUAUAGAAUGAGAAAAAGAUUACUACUUGGUAAGCUAUACAUACAUGAAGUACAGUGUUUUCACAUGCCUGCUGCCCAGCUACACAGUAUGGCUUAUGGUUAAUGUUUAUGGGCAAGACCCAAAUUAAACUGUUCUGAUUCUGCCAUCUGAGUCAAGCUUAGUUCCUACAUUGUACAUGGUGAAUAACGUGCUUUCAAAAGGCAAAAGGGAAUGCUUUUCUAGCUAUUGAGAAUUGGUUAAAAAUCAGUACACUAACUAUUUGAUGUGGCUUUAAGUUGCCUUCCCAUCAGUAUGUUAGAGCAGCCCUCAGAAAGUAAGCCCAUUUAACAGGCCUGAAAGUCAGUGAGCAUGAAACCUGAGGAUGGCAGGACCUACAGAACAGAGGUGCCCGCUGGAUGCAGUGAGGUGCUCCUGUUCUCGUCAGUGUAAUUAGUCAGCUCAACUGACAUGUUCAUUUUGGAAUACACAGUUUCCCAACAAAGCACUACCUUGCCUGAAGAUGGUCUAUGCAUUUGUUCAUCCUCUUUGUAACAAAAAGAUACUUUUUUUGUAACUAAAAGGUGCAAACUCUGACCUUGGCUGUGAAUGCCACUUAGGAAUAUCAACACAAUUGUUAAUUAUAUCUUCUGCUGUGUGUUAAGAACUUUUGAGCUGAAAUUGUCUCAGCGUAGGAUGAUGCCAUCAUUUCCAUGUGCAAAUGUGGCCAGGGUAGAUUGACAUGACCAUGAUAGGAUUUAUAAAUGGUCCCAUAAAGUUCAUUUGCGUUCACAAUAAAGUAGCAUUUCAACGCAGGGUUCUUGAGGGUCUACAGCUAACCUCCAGCACAAAACAGAGGCUUCAAAGACAGGGCUGUUCUUAAACAGAGCCCAAAAGAGGAGUGGGGUUGCAAGGUAUGCUGAAUGGCCAAGUAUGUACUUGAGGGGACGUCUACCCAAGUAAGCACAGCAAGUCUGUGUGAGCCCAGUGACUACUGUUCGUUCAGGAUUCCAGCCAUGGCCACCGAGUAAAAUGUUCUUCAUAUUAUGCAAGUUACUGUGUGGUAGCCACUUUUUAUUUCUAAUAUAGUAUUUCUUUGUUAUGUCAACAAAUUAAAGCCCCCAGUGGUCUUGAAAUGCUUAUACUUGAAAAAUAGGAUAUGUUCCCCCCCCAAGACUGCAUUUAUUGGCACAUACAUAAAAGCAAAUAGUGAAGUGUGCUGAAAUGGUGUUGUAAGCCCUAAUCUUGCUGCCUGUGGUGGAAAAACACUAGAAUUUUACAAAGUCUGUAAAUAUGUUUGUAUUAUAAAUAAAUGUUUCCUGCUAAUAAAGAAUAAGCCGACAGUUUGAACAACUUUUGCUGUUGUAAAAUUAAAGUGCAUGGCAUCACUUUGUCUUA